AUGAUCCAUGAAUUAGAUGAGGGGAGUUAUGCCAUCAUUCUUGGAACAAUUAAGAUGUUUGAAGAUAAUCAACAAUGGUACUACCCGGCUUGCAAGAACUGUAAGAGAAAGGUUCAUAAAAUGCCCAUUGAACAGGCCAAUGUUUUGGACCAUGUAGCUGAGAAUGAAUCUUGGGUAUGUACACAGGAGAAGUGCAAAAAACAAGUCAUAGUUGCUGAACCAAGUUUUAUGCUCAAAAUUCGAGUACAAGGCUUGGUGGGAGUAGUGACACUUACUCUGUUUGAUCGGGAUGUUAGAAGUAUUCUAAAAAUUUCAGCAUCAGAUUUGAUAGAAAAGUAUGAAAAGAUGGGUGAGACUGUUGCUUUUCCUGUUGAGAUCAAUGAACUUAUUGGUAGAAAAAUGGCUUUCAAAAUUAUAAACACUGAAACUGAGUCUGUUAAUGUCGUGGUCUCAGAUUUCAACUCUCAGGAUACAAUUGGUUUUAAGGGUUCUGCUUCCUUCGUUGCUGAUAAUACUCCUAUCUCUACUUUUCCAAAUACCAUUUCAAUGAGUCCAUCAACCAACCAUGACACCACUAGCCUGCUUUCACCAACUACCAAUGUGAAACGUAAACUUGUAGAUGUUUACGAUCUUGAAGAUACUGUUUGUGAGUCAUCAACAAAACCUUCUAAAAAAUCCAUUGGAAUCAAGGAAACUGUCGUGUCCACCCAACUAUUGAUUCCUAAAGUCGAGAAGUGA